AUGAUGCAAGGACUCCACCACCAGCAACAACAACUCGCCGCACUUCUUUCCGCGGCGCUCCCCAAGGACAACGAUCCUUCCACUUCUGCAACCGGACCUCCAAGUUCCGUCAACGGUUCCGCUCCUUCGGCAGCCGCAGAACAGGAUGAUUCGUCUUCUCGCGUUGCCGCCACAACGUCACUCCACCGCGCCAUCCUAUACCCUCCCAACUCCAUUUUAGUUGCUCAUUCUGCUUCUUUCCUUGCCCAAGGCCUAGCUCAACUACUAUCUGACAAGUCAUAUCAGGUACGCCAGUCUGCUGCCACAGUAUAUGGAGCACUGUGCUCUGUGCUGUGUUCAGUCCCACUUCCAUCAAAUGGAAGGCAGAAUCAUGUUGUACUCAGUGGUUUUGUUGAUCGGUUCAUGGGUUGGGCUUUGCCCCUGGUUAGUAAUAUUGCGAAUGGAACAGCAGAGUUGGCUCUGGAGGGUUUACGCGAGUUCCUUAGUGUUGGAGAUGUUGCGUCAGUGGAGAGAUAUGCUUUGCCUGUUCUCAAAGCAUGCCAGGAACUUCUUGAAGAUGAGAGGACAUCACUGAAUUUACUGCACAGACUUCUUGCUGUUUUAACUCUAAUUUCCUUGAACUUCCCUCGAUGUUUCCAUCCUCAUUUUGUUGACAUUGUUGAUCUGCUUCUUGGGUGGGCCAUGGUACCAGAUAUUGCCGAAUCAGAUCAGCGUGUGAUAAUGGAUAGUUUCUUGCAAUUUCAGAAACAUUGGGUGAAUAGCAUGCAGUUUUCCUUGGGCUUAUUGUCAAAGUUUUUAGGGGAUAUGGACGUGUUACUGCAGGAUGGAGGUCCUGGUACUCCUCAACAAUUUCAGAGGCUUCUUGCUUUGCUAUGUUGCUUUUCUACAGUUUUGCAAUCUGUAGCAUCUGGGUUGCUGGAAAUGAACAUGCUAGAACAGAUUACUGAACCUCUUUGCAAAAUGGUUCCACUUUUAUUAGGAUGUUUGUCUCUAAUUGGAAGGAAAUUUGGUUGGUCCAAAUGGAUUGAGGAUUCUUGGAAGUGCAUGACAUUGUUAGCAGAAAUAUUAGGCGAUCAGUUUUCAGCAUUUUACCCUAUUGCAGUUGAUAUUUUGUUUCAGAGCUUGGAAAUGGUUAAUGCUCAGGUCUCUGGAAUGAGAAAGAUCACUUCCUUUCAAAUUCAUGGGGUCCUUAGAACUAAUUUACAGUUGCUGUCACUACAAAAGCUUGGACUUCUCCCGUCAUCUGCUCAGAAAAUAUUAGCAUUUGAUGCCCCUAUAUCUCAGCUUCGUCUGCAUCCAAACCACCUAAUCACUGGAAGUGCAGCUGCCACAUAUAUUUUCUUGCUUCAACAUGUUGAAAAUCAAGUUGUCGAAAAGGCAAUGAAUUCCUUGAUUGAGGAGCUAGUGUUUUUGAAGAAUACCGUGUUAAAGAAGUGUAGGGUUAAUGUGGGCCUUGGUGAUAGGGUUACAGCUCAGAAAUCUUAUUCACGGUCAGAGUUGUUUGCUCUAAUCCAUUUUGAUUUAAAAGUCUUAUUAACUUGCGCUUCUGAUUCUGGAUGUCUUAAUAUGAUUGGCCAAGCAGAAUUUGAUUCCUUAUGUCGUGAUAGGUCAGAGAAAUUAUCGGCAUUUAUUAUGGAUGAAUUAGAUCCUUUUGGCUCUCCUUUUAAAAGCUAUGUGGAAUUGCAAGUAGCUGUUGUCACGACACUGCAAAAGCUUGCUGAAAUUGAAUUCUUGAGCAACUAUUCCUUGAGGAAGCAGACAGCUGGGAAAUCUUUUGUUGGACCAGUUCCUCCAAAGCUAAUAAAGAAUGAAAAUAUCAAGAAUGACCAUCCGAAAUAUAUUUUGAAACACCUGAGAAAUUUUUCUGUUAUCCUUGUUAAAUCACUAAAAGCUGAAUCUCCUUUAGCCAUUAAAUUAGUAGCCUUAGAAUGGUUAGUCAAAUUAUGCAAAAAUGUAAUUUAUGCAUAUGAGAACGUUAAGGUGACACAUUAUCCUUGUGAAGCCUCUGGAUAUGUUGAGAGCAUCCAGACUUUGCUGUUCUCAGUUUUGAAUUCUGCGUCGGAUAGGGAAACGAAAGUGAGAUCUUUGGUCGCAUCGGUUAUUGACAUGCUUCUCGAAGCAAAAUUGGUCCAUCCCUCACACUUUUCUUUUGUUUCUGAGGUGGUCCUUGAGAGGCUUUCUGAUCCUGAAAUAGAGAUCAGAAGUGCAUUUAUUAGGUUGCUUUCCCAGGUUUUACCAAUUACAAUAUAUGUAACUGGUAUGUAUGAUUAUGGGAUGAUGACCACAUGGAGUACUAGAGUUGUUGGAACAGAGGAGCAUAAGUUAAACUGGAAAAGAGUCUUUGCGAUUAAGCAAGUACCGCAACAACUUCGGUCGCAGCAACUGGUUACCAUAUUGAGUUACAUAUCUCAGAGGUGGAAAGUGCCCCUUUCUUCUUGGAUUCAACGAUUAAUCUGUUCCUGCAGGAGCUCUAAGGACCGUAGUCUGACUCAACUAGAGGAAGUAGGAAAUACAGAUGUGCAAGGAAUUUGGUGGGAUAUCAAAUUGGAUGAAGAUAUUCUUGAAAGUUUCUGCUCUGUUAAUAUUCUGUCAGGGGCUUGGUGGGGUAUAAAUGAAGCGGCUAGGUAUUGUAUUUCUUCAAGACUUCGGACCAACCUAGGUGGACCUACUCAAACGUUUGCUGCUCUGGAAAGAAUGCUUCUGGAUGUUGCUCAUGUGAUUCAGCUUGAUUCUGACCAAAGUGAUGGAAAUUUGACCAUUACUAGUUCUUCUUAUGCUCAUUUGUUGCCAAUGAGAUUGUUACUGGAUUUUGUCGAGGCUCUCAAGAAAAAUGUCUACAAUGCAUAUGAAGGAUCGACAGUUUUGCCUUGUCCGUCGAGGCAGAGUUCUGUAUUCUUUCGCGCAAACAAGAAAGUCUGUGAGGAGUGGUUUUCUCGAAUAUGUGAACCGAUGAUGAAUGCUGGACUGGCCCUUCAGUGUCAUGAUGCUGUAGUCCAGUACUGUACAUUACGUUUGCUGGAGCUAAAAAAUUCUCUUGCUUCAGUUUUGAAAGACAAAUCAAGAAACCAGGUGACUGAAGUUCUUCAAAAUGUAAGGGGUAGGCUUCAAGGAGACGUCUUGCGGGUUGCAAGGCAGAUGGCAUUAGCCCUGUGUAGGAAUCGUGAACCAGAAGCAUUACUUGGUCUACAAAAGUGGGCAACUAUGGUUUUCUUCCCUUUGUUUGACGAGGAAAAUCAAUAUCUAAUAGAUGAUCAAUUAGUAGAAAACUUCUCAUGGAUUAGUGGACUUGUUUAUCAAGCGCUGGGCCAAUAUGAGAAGGCUGCUGCUCAUUUUAUUCAUCUGCUACAGACUGAAGAUUCACUUGGGUCUAUGGGUUCCGAAGGUGUACAGUUUGCUAUUGCCCGUAUUAUUGAAAGUUACUCUGCAGUAUCUGAUUGGAAGUCCUUGGAUUCCUGGUUGUUGGAGUUGCAGGCACUUCGAUCAAAACAUGCUGGAAAGAGCUAUUCGGGCGCUCUAACUACUGCAGGAAAUGAAAUAAAUUCAAUUCAAUCCUUGGCUCGCUUUGAUGAUGGUGAUUUGCAGGCAUCAUGGGCUGCUCUUGAUUUGACCCCAAAAAGUAGCAGUGAACUCACACUUGACCCUAAGUUAGCCUUGCAAAGAAGUGAGCAAAUGCUUUUACAGGCGAUGCUUUUCCACAGAGAGGGCAAAAUGGACAAGGUACCUCAGGAAUUGAUGAAGGCCAAGUCAAUGCUUAAUGAAACAUUGACUGUUCUCCCCCUUGAUGGACUCGCAGAGGCAGCACCACAUGUCAACCAUUUAUACUGCAUUCAUGCACUUGAAGAAAUCUGCAACCCAGGGGGCAGCCAAAGCAAGCAUUUUAAGUCAUUGUUUGGCUCUUACAUUGAAGCAGUGCAGUCUCCAAUCAACUGGAUUAAGCAAGAUUGCUCUUUAUGGCUGAAAGUUCUACGAGUUUAUCAAAACACACAACCAUCAUCAACAGUAACUCUCAAACUUUGUAAGGACCUGCUGAAUUUAGCUUGCAAGCAAAGAAACCUUCUGAUGGCAAAUCGUUUGAACUCCUACCUCAAGGUCCAUGUAGAAAGCUGCCUUGAUAGAAAUCUCCACGAUGAUAUCAUCUCUACUUUGCAGUACCAGGACAUCCUGUUGAUGCAUGCUGAAGACAAGCUUGAAGAUGCAUUACUCAAUCUUUGGUCACUCUUGCGUUCUAGCAUUGUUUCUUCUUCUGUGGUUUCUCAUUCAUUUGAAAAUGUUAUGAAGGCUAAGGCAUGCUUGAAACUGUCGAAAUGGUUGCAAAGAAAUUCUUCUGAUCCGAGGUUGGAAGAUGUUAUUCUGAAGUUGCAAGAAGACUUGAAUGUCACUGAGAUGUCCAGCAUGAGAGAUGAUAAUGUGGAAGUAAAAGUUCGUGUUGACGCUAUUAUUGAUGGGCUUGUUGGCAUUGUUACAGAGCUUUCUACUCGACUCUGUCCUGCUAUGGGUAAAUCUUGGAUUUCUUAUGCCUCUUGGUGCUAUGCAAAAGCAAAUUCUUCUCUCUCUGCAAACAACAAUGUGCCUCUGGUUUCCUUUUGUUUUUCAUCUGCUCAUGGUUCUGAAAAUUUGCAUCAAAGUUUAACAUUAACUGAGAAUGAGCAGUUAAAAUUGAAAGAGAUUAUCUUGCAACUAGUUCAGAGAAGAUCAACUGCAGAAGUUCUGAAUGAGAAAUCAGAAGACUUUGACAAUUUAUUGGAAAAGGAAAAUGAUGUCAACCCCUUGUUUGGGCAGAUAAUAGACAUUAUUGAAGCUGCGGCACAAGCACCUGGACAGGAAGAUAACACAGGUGAAUCCCUCUCUACCGUGCUAACAUCUAAGCUGCAAAAGUGCUUGUCUGCUGCAAAUGUUUCCCUUCACAAUCCAUUAGUGAUGUCCUUGAUUGGUGAUAUAGUUGAUGUUUGGUGGUCUUUGAGAAGGAGAAGGGUAUUCCUCUUUGGACUUUCAGCUCAAGCUUUUAUCAACUACCUUUCAUAUUCAUCUUCUAACCCUUUUGAUUGCCAACUUUCUGGCCUGGAAAGUGGGAUGAGUAAUAAGUCUAUGAGCUAUACGCUGAGAGCUACUUUAUAUGUUUUGAACAUUCUUCUCAACUAUGGAGUUGAGUUGAAAGAUUCUCUUGGGCCUGCACUUUCAACUGUAACUUUGUUACCGUGGCAGGAAAUAACACCUCAACUACUUGCUCGUCUAAGUUGUCACCCGGAACAUUUGGUGAGGAAGCAGUUGGAAUCAUUACUGGUCCGGCUGGCAAAAUUGUCUCCUUGGUCCAUACUGUAUCCUGCUCUUGUUGAUGCAAAUACUCAAGAGAAGGAAACUUCUGAGGAGCUUUUGCAGAUACUGGCUUGUUUGAAAAAGCUCUAUCCAAUUCUUGUUCAGGACGCGCAGCUUAUUAUAAAAGAACUUGAGAAUGUGACUGUUCUUUGGGAGGAAUUGUGGGUAAGCACCCUUCAGGAUCUUCAUGCUGAUGUUUUGAGGCGGAUAAAUCUGUUGAGAGAGGAGGCUGCACGUAUUGCUGAGAAUCCAACUCUUAGUCAUGGUGAAAAGAGUAAGAUAAAUGCUGCAAAAUACUCUGCCAUGAUGGCCCCUGUGGUUGUGGUCUUAGAGCGUCGCUUGGCUUCUACUUCUAAGAAGCCAGAGACGCCUCAUGAGAUGUGGUUCCAUGAGGAGUAUGGGGAUCAGAUUAAGGCAGCCAUCUUAAACUUUAAGACUCCACCUGCAUCUGCUGCAGCCCUAGGUGAUGUUUGGCGUCCAUUUGAGAACAUUGCUGCUUCCUUGUCAUCUUACCAGAGAAAGUCAUCAGUAUCUCUAGCAGAUGUUGCUCCUAAAUUGGCUCAAUUAUCCUCAUCUGAAGCUCCAAUGCCUGGUCUUGAGAAGCAAAUGAUUGUAUCUGAUUCAGAGAAGAAUGACACCAGUGAUGCUAAAGGCAUUGUCACAAUUGCUUCUUUCUCAGACCAGCUAACUAUUUUAUCAACCAAAACCAAGCCGAAAAAGAUCAAUAUCCUGGGUUCUGAUGGUCAGAAGUACACUUAUCUCUUAAAAGGCCGCGAAGACCUACGCCUUGAUGCUCGAAUAAUGCAGCUGCUGCAAGCUGUAAAUGGUUUCCUUCAUUCAUCUCCAGCAACUCGUGGUCAACCUCUCGGGGUUCGUUAUUACUCUGUGACACCAAUAAGUGGUCGAGCUGGUCUCAUCCAGUGGGUGGACAAUGUUAUAAGCAUCUACAGUGUUUUCAAGUCCUGGCAAAACCGCGUACAGCAGGCACAACUUUCUACUUCGGGUCCUGGUGAUUCAAAAAGUGCUGUUCCGCCACCUGUUCCACGGCCAAUUGACAUGUUCUAUGGGAAAAUCAUUCCUGCACUUAAGGAGAAAGGUAUUAGGAGAGUAAUCUCAAGAAGAGACUGGCCCCAUGAAGUCAAGCGUAAAGUGCUUUUGGAUCUUAUGGAGGAGGCUCCUAAGCAACUUAUCCAUCAGGAGCUUUGGUGUGCCAGUGAAGGAUUCCAAUCCUUUAGCUCGAAGUUGAAGAGGUUCUCAAGCAGUGUUGCCACAAUGAGCAUUGUUGGACACAUGCUUGGCCUGGGAGACAGACACUUGGAUAAUAUUCUAGUAGACUUUUCUAGUGGCGACAUUUUGCACAUUGAUUACAAUGUGUGUUUUGAUAAAGGCCAAAGAUUAAAAGUUCCUGAGAUUGUACCAUUUCGCCUGACUCAGACUAUUGAAGCAGCUUUAGGACUUACAGGGAUAGAAGGUGCCUUUAGAGCUAAUUGUGAAGCAGUUCUUGGUGUUCUGAAGAAGAAUAAGGAUAUCAUCCUGAUGUUGUUAGAAGUUUUUGUUUGGGAUCCUCUUGUUGAAUGGACACGUGGAGAUUUCCAUGAUGAUGCAGCAAUUGUUGGCGAGGAGAGAAAGGGCAUGGAACUUGCUGUCAGCCUAAGUUUGUUUGCAUCGCGCGUACAAGAAAUUCGUGUACCAUUGCAGGAGCAUCAUGAUCUCUUGCUGUCUGUCUUACCUGCUGUUGAAUCUGCCCUUGAGAGAUUUGUUAGCAUCUUAAACCAGUAUGAGAUUGUCUCGGCUUUGUUUCAUCGUGUUGAACAGGAGAGAUCCAAUCUUGUUCUUCACGAGACAUCUGCUAAGUCUGUUGUCGGGGAAACGUCACGCCAUUCUGAAACAAUCCGUGCCUCGUUGGAAACACACGCUCGUGAAUUUUCUCAAGCUCAGGCUGGAGUAAUGGAGAAAGCCCAAGAGGCUACAAGUUGGAUUGAGCAACAUGGAAGGAUACUUGAUGCUUUAAGAAGCAAUACUAUUCCAGAAAUAAAAGCCUGGAUGCGGCUUACUGAUACAGAGGAAUCUUUCUCUCUCACAUCUGCUGUUCUCCUGGCUGGUGUUCCUUUGACGGUAGUUCCUGAACCUACACAAGCUCAAUGCAGCGAGAUAGACAGGGAAGUUGGUCUAAUGAUGGAUGAGCUUGAUCAUGGUCUUUCUUCUGCAGUUACAUCACUACAAACAUACUCCUUGGCUCUACAGAGGAUUUUACCAUUGAAUUACCUUACUACCAGCCCAGUCCAUGGUUGGGCACAAGUUCUGCAGCUGUCGUCAGUGAACACUCUCUCGACCGAUGUUUUAUCCCUUUCCAGAAGAAAAGCUGGGGAACUGAUUGCCAGUCUACAUGCAGAUAGGUACAAUUCUGUUCAGAAUAAAUAUGACGAUCUUAGUCGUAAGGUAGGGGAGUAUGCUGCAGAAAUAGAGAAAAUGCAUGAAAGGUAUACAGAACUUCUGACCUCUAUUGGGCCAGAGGCUGAAUCAGAAGCUAAGGCUCGGCUUUUGUCUGCUUUAAUGAACUAUUUUCAUUAUUCUGGGUUUGAGAGGAAAACUGAUGCAAUUGCUGUGGGAUCAUUGAAUCUUCAAGUUCUAGGGGAUGCUAGACUGCAGAGAGAUGCUGAAGAAAAGAAGGCAGCUGUGCUAAACAUUCUUAAUUCUGCCGUCAUAACUUUGUAUGAUGACGUUAAGCAAGCAAUAAUCAAUAGCCUGGGUCAUUGCACUGCUGGAUAUCCGGAUAAUAAACAAGAGUCUGAUGUUGGAAGCUUUAUCAAUGAGUUUGAAGGGCAAUUAGAGAAAUGCGUACUUGUGGCAGGGUUACUUUCUGAACUCAAUCAGCAUCUUACUGGGGAUAUCUCCACGGGUAAUGAUAGUAGAAAUCUCAGAAGUUGCUCUCAGGAGGACAACUGGGCUUCAAUAUAUCAGACAAGUCUACUUUGCUGCAAAAGGUUUGUUGAGCAAAUGACCGAAGUUGUUCUACCAGAAGCAAUGAGAUGCCUUGUUUCAUUCAAUUCAGAAGUAAUGGACAUAUUGGGGACAGUCUCGCAAAUCAGGGGAUCCAUUGACACAUCUCUGGAGCAACUUAUAGAAGUAGAAUUAGAGAAGGCUUCUUUAGUGGAACUUGAGCAGAAUUACUUUGUAAAGGUUGGUCUCAUUACAGAGCAACAGUUGGCUCUUGAAGAAGCAGCUGUCCAGAGUAGAGAUCAUCUGUCUUGGGAAGAAGCUGAGGAGCUUGCCACCCAGGAAGAAGCAUGCAGAGCUCAGCUGGAUAAGCUUCAUCAGACAUGGAAUCAGAAGGACUUGCGAAAUAUCACUCUUGUCAAGAAAGAAUCGAGCACUAUAAGUGCUUUGUUGUCUUCUGAACAUCUUUUGCAGUCUCUAAUCAGCAGUGAACAACAGGUGGAACCACUUAGUUCAAAAAGUAAAUCCCUUCUCUCUGCAUUGAUGCAACCCUUCUCUGACUUGGAAUCAGCUGAUGAAGCACUGGCUUUAUCUGAUGUAUCAAUUUCACCUGGCUCAAGUGGUAUUUCUCGCCCCUCAGAUUUAAUAGAUUCUGGAUGUCCAACAUCUGAUUUGGUGUGGAGAUUUUCAACAAUACCGAGCAACCAUGCAUUUUUCAUAUGGAAGGUCUCUGUGGUAGAUUCAUUUCUUGAUUCUUGCUCUCAUGGGGUAGCUUCAUUCAUGGAUCAAAAUUUGGGAUUUGAUCAGCUAGUUAAAGUGGUUAAGGAAAGGAUUGAGCUCCAACUCCUAAAACACGUUGGGUACUACUUGAAAGAGCGGCUUGCUCCUAUGUUACUGGCAAGAUUAAGCUCAGAGAUUGAAACCUUAAAGCAUGUAAACGAAUCAGCAAACGACAUUCCAUUUGACCCCAUGAAGACAGAUCCAGGGAUGUUAACUAGUAUGCAAGCCAUGCUUGAGGAAUAUUGUAAUGCUCAUGAAACAGUGAGAGCAGCACAAUCUGCAGCCUCUUUCAUGAAAAAGCAUAUAAACAAUUUAAAAGAGUCCCUCCUAAAAGUCUGCCUUGAAAUUCUUCAGGUUGAAUGGAUGCAUGAUAUUCCAUUAAAUCCUUUGAAGAAUAAUAGGCUUAUAUUGCAUAAGUUUCUUGCUAGCCACGAUAAUUUCUUUCCAGGUAUUUUAAACAUUAGUAGGCCUAAAAUGGUGGAAAGUAUACAAUCAUCAAUUUCGAGAAUAUCUGGAACGUUGAAGAGCUUACAGGCUUGCGAGCAAGCUUCUGUUGCAGCUGAAGGGCAGCUUGAGAGAGCUAUGGUGUGGGCUUGUGGUGGUCCUGGUUAUAAUGCAGUUUCAAGGAACUCUAGUAUUCCUCCUGAAUUUCAUGAUCAUCUAGUGAGACGGCGUCAAUUGUUAUGGGAAGCCAGAGAAAAAGCAUCAGAAAUAAUGAAAAUAUGUGUCUCGGUAUUGGAAUUUGAAGCAUCGAGGGAUGGAAUAAUGAUGACCUCAGAAGAAUUCUAUCCUUUGGGGACUGGUUCUGAUGGCAGAGUCUGGCAGCAAACUUACCUAAAUGUUCUGACAAAACUGGACAUAACUUACCAUUCAUUCACACGUGCUGAACAAGAGUGGAAGUUUGCUCAAAGCAACAUGGAAGCUGCUUCUAAUGGUUUGUUUUCUGCAAGUAAUGAACUCAAUAUUGCUUCUGUUAAGGUGAAAUCGGUAUCAGAUGAUCUGCAAAGCACUCUUAUUGCUAUGAGGGAUUGUGCCCAUGAAGCCAGUGUAGCACUCUCAGCUUUUGCAGGCAUUACUAAAGGCCAUACGACUUUGACUACUGAAUGUGGUUCCAUGCUUGAGGAAGUCUUGGCAAUAACUGAAGAUCUACAUGAUGUUCACAGCUUGGGAAAAGAGGCUGCUGCAUUACAUUCCUCCCUUAUGGAUGAUCUUUCGAAGGUGAAUGCCAUUUUGCUACCACUUGAAGCUCUUUUAUCUAAGGAUGUUGCAGCAAUGACUGAUGCUAUGGGGAAGGAACGAGAGACAAAAACUGAUAUUUCCCCAAUCCAUGGACAAGCCAUAUUCCAGUCUUAUUAUUCAAGAACAAAGGACACUUGUCGAGCUAUCAAGCCUUUGGUUCCAUCUCUCACAUUUUCUGUGAAGGGACUCUAUACCAUUUUGACACGGCUAGCCCGCACUGCCAGUCUUCAUGCAGGAAACCUUCAUAAAGCCCUUGAAGGUUUGGGGGAUAGGCAAGAAGAUAAGUCUAAAGAGAAUAAUUUGUCAGGACCAGAUACUGUAGGAGUAGGUGAUAACCCUGUGUAUUAUGGGGAGAGCGAGGUGCUGUCUGAACGUGAUGGAGAAAAGGAUGGAGAUAUUCUGGACCUGAGUGAACUAUCCUUGCAGGAAAAAGAUUGGAUAUCUCCUCCUGAAAGUGUCUCAAGUACAAGUUCAGAUGCUGUUGUUACAUCAACUGGAUCUAGUCUUGCAGGUGGCUCCAACCAUUCAGAUGUCACGGAUCCUCUUUUGCCUAGUUCUAAUAGCAUACAGGAGGAAGAAGUUUCACACCACCUUCAUGAAAAAUCUUCUUCUAGUCCAUCUGGCUCUACAAGCAUGCAGGUUGGUUCUGGACAAGAAUAUGCUCUUAGAGAUGAGAUUUCCCAAGACAAGACUAAGGAGGAAAUGGAUGAUAGUUCCUUCGUUAGUAAAGAAAUUAGCAACCAAGCUGCUAGGGGAUCUUUAUGUUUUUACAUUGGAAGAUCAAAGAGCCCUAUGUCAUUACAAGUCUUCAAAUUUCUGUAUCCCCAAGGUAAAAAUGCUUAUGCGCUGUCGAUAUUAAGGCGGGUAGAGAUGAAACUGGAUGGACGGGAUAUCACGGACCAAAGGGAAAUUAGUAUUGAAGAGCAAGUGGACUUUUUGCUUAAGCAAGCAACGAGCGUGGAUAAUCUUUGUAAUAUGUAUGAAGGUUGGACACCAUGGAUUUGA